GCCUCCUGCUGUUCCCGCGCCACCCCGCCCCAAAGCCGCCCGGGCACCACCAGUCGCCGCGGCGGGGCGCCAGCGAGGCGCAACCACCUUCGAAAUUCCGGCCCCCCUCUCUCUGUGGGAAGGUCCCAGUCCCGUUCACACAUCUAAAGCCGCUCUCGCACCUCAUGCCGUUACCCAGUUCAGGGAAAGCUCAGGCAGAAGGUGGAUCAGCUCGGACAUCACUUCUUAUUUUAGUAUCCAUCUUCUUAUCAGCUGCUUUCCUUAUGUUCCUGGUAUAUAAAAAUUUCCCACAACUUAGUGAGGAAGAAAGAGAAUGUAUAAAGGUUCCUAGAGAUAUGGAUGAUGCAAAGGCCUUGGGAAAAGUCCUGUCCAAAUAUAAGGACACAUUUUAUGUUCAAGUAUUAGUGGCUUAUUUUGCCACAUAUGUUUUCUUGCAAACAUUUGCUAUCCCUGGAUCUAUAUUUCUCAGUAUCCUGUCAGGAUUUCUUUAUCCCUUUCCACUGGCCUUAUUUCUUGUUUGUCUAUGCUCAGGACUUGGAGCUUCAUUCUGCUAUAUGCUUUCAUACCUAGUGGGACGUCCUGUUGUAUACAGAUAUUUAACAGAAAAAGCAGUAAAAUGGUCAGAACAGGUUGAACGUCACAGAGAACACCUCAUUAACUACAUCAUAUUUUUGAGGAUAACACCUUUUCUUCCCAAUUGGUUUAUCAAUAUAACAUCUCCUGUAAUUAAUGUGCCAUUGAAAGUAUUUUUCAUUGGCACUUUCCUAGGUGUGGCACCACCGUCUUUUGUAGCCAUUAAAGCAGGAACAACGCUGUACCAACUCACCACAGCAGGGGAAGCUGUUUCCUGGAACUCUGUUUUUGUGCUCAUGAUUCUAGCCAUCCUCUCCAUCCUACCAGCUGUCUUCCAGAAGAAACUGAAACAGAAGUUUGAGUAAGGAUCAAACUGGACCAGAAUUUCCCAUACUUCAUCUCAGGAUCAGCACUUCUGAUAUUUGUAUAUUUGCUUUUCUAUUGGAUCUUAAGCAAUUAAAGGGGAGGCUUGUAAUUGAUUAGAAUGUCUUUAAAUGAGCACAUGGCCUAAAAUGGAAGGAACUGUGUUCAGAAAUGUACUGCGUAUAAUUUUGUAACCAAACCAUCAGUGUUUUACUUUGGGAGAGUGUGUGUGACCCUCGGGAUGAGGGAAGUGAAAAAACAGAUGUAACAGUUUGCUCUUAUAUGCAGAGCAAAAUAUGUAAUGUAGACAUAAAGUAUAGAUAAUGCUUUCCAAAACUUGCA